AUGCAAUCACCAUCAUUACUUCGUAUGCCAUCACGUUCAUUUGAAUACUUGUCGUCAUCUGAUCAAGUUAUUCUUACUAAUAUCUUUCAUGCAUAUGAAAACACUUGUACAGUAGCAAAAAAUACUACCUUCCAAAAUUUUCCUGCUAUUCAACAUACUUCAAUGCAUGCAUUUAUUGAUGAAAUGUCUUCUGAAAUACAAAUCACUAUUGAAUAUUUAAAACUUAUACCUGAAUUUAAUAAUCUCAUCAUGGAUGAUAAAGUACGUCUUAUAAGAAAUCAUAUCGGUACGAUAAUUCAUAUAAAUGAACCUCUAUUGAUUCCAGUGCCGCCUGUUAAUCUUGUUGGAGCAUGGACCAAUCUCUUCGGACUUAAUACAACGAAAUCUAUUUUUAAACGUAAUCAAAUUAUUGAACAAUAUCUCUGUGAUCCUAUUAUAUUAAAAGUUGUUCUCAUUAUUCUUAUACUUUCGAGUAGCAAUAGUAGAAAUAUUGAUUAUAUAGAUAUCGAUCAAAUUUGUGAUGAUUCAUUAUCUAUAUUCAUAGCUCAAAAUAUUUAUGUUGAACUACUAUGGAAAUAUAUUUUAUCACGUUCACCAAAUGAAAGAAAUGCGGUGAAGUUUUUCAAUAGAUUAGUCAUGUUUAUAUUAUAUGCACAAAAUCUUCAUUUGCAUCUAGAUGGUUAUAUUAAUAGUUUAACACAUGAAAUCAAACAAAUGGAACCAAUGAUGCAAAACAUGUGGUUAAGAACAGAUAAUAAUGAAGAUAUGAAUGAAGUGAUUAUCGCUCAAGAUGUUUCUUCAUGA